CAUAGAAGAGGCUUCCCUCUAUAAAAUCACAUUGAAACGAAUAUGGACAGAAAUUUUUUAAAUUUCGUAAAGCCGUUUGAUUUUUAAACUAGUAGAAGGAAACAAGUAAUUUCAGUUCCUUGCUUCGUUUUAUAACCGAAAAGAAGGCUAUUUAGGCUACAGAAUAAAUCAAACAAACGCGCGAAAAAACAAACUUUAUAAUUAGCAGAUUUGUCUCUUUUUGAGCUUGUCGUUGUGAAACAGCCAUUAAAUAUCGGAAACUUUUAUUUUCACUGGUGACUUUCGGUAACCGGAGUGUGGUGAGACCAUCCUAACCUCUAAUAUUGUUGAUGUUUGUGAACUGUUGAAUUUUCGAUAUACAUAUUAUGGCAGCAAACAAAAGUGUUACCGUGCUUACGCCAAAUGCACGUAGACAAACUGUUAAAAUUACACCAAACACUACAAUUUUUCAAGUUUUGGAAGAAGCAUGCAAAAAACAUGGAUAUAACGUAGAUGAUUAUGAUAUUAAGUACCGUAAUCAGGUGUUAGAUAUUAAUACAAUAUUUAGAUUUACUGUAAUACCAAAUCAUGCACAAUUAGAAAUGGUACCAUGUACAAAAGCACGCUCUAAAUCAACUGUUACAGUAUGUAUACAAUUAGAAAGUGGAGAACGAGUAAUGAAUGACUUUACGCCUAAUAUGACAUUAGCUGAUGUUUUAUUACAAAUGUGCCCAAAUGAAGAACUUGAUAAAACAGUUUUAACAUAUAUGCAUCGUGAGGUUUACGGAACGACAGCUUUGAAAAGUACGACUUUAAGUUUGUUAGGACUUACUCACGGUAAAGCAAUGUUACGUUUAAUGCAUCGAAAUUCGGAAGAGACAAAUAGUACAACUUGCACUACUUCCUCUAAAUCGUCAAACACUAACGAGAAAACCGGAACAAGUGGUAAAAAUAAUGAAACUGAAUCUUCUCGAUUAACUAAUUGUAACCGAGCUUCAGAUUCUAUGAUUGUAGAAAAAACUACAGAAGAAGAGUCAAAGAAAUUACAAGAUUGUUCUGAAGAAACGGAAACAAAAGAAAGCAAUAAAAGCAAAAUAUGUACAACAGAGGAGAAUGAACCAGUACCAUCAACAAGUACAACUUAUCCUAACGAUAAUAAUACAGAUAUAACAGAAUCAUGCACGCAGGAUGAAAUGGAGGAUACAAAUCAAAUAGAAUUCUUAGGCGAGAGAAAUGCUUUGGUUUUCAAUCAUGCUAUGGUUCAAGCAUUAUCCAGAGAUGAAUUUCCAGACAGUUUUUAUGAUUUAACAGUUGAUGAUGCAAAAGUACUAUUACGAGAUGCUAAACGUCGCAGAGAAGAGUUAGAGGAAGCUCCUCUUUUAACAACUGUUCAGCGUGAAGCAAAUCAUGAACAACAAACAUCAACUAAAUUAGACAAAUACUAUCAGAGCAUAAUCCGUAUACAAUUUCCGGAUCAAUUUGUACUUCAAGGCCUAUUUGAAUCAUUUGAAACAGUACAAACGAUAAAAAAUUUUAUAGCAGAUUAUUUGAGUGAUCCAAAUAGCGAUUUUACAAUUUUUACUGCACCCCCGAAACACAUUUUGGAUCCCGAUAAACGUUUAAUCGAUGAGGAUUUGGUUCCUUCUGCUAUUAUUUAUUAUUCCGGAUCGUCAAAUUUAAAACCAGAAAUUAAAGAAAAACUAAUAGAUCCUAAAGAAAUUGAAAUUCAAGUUAAUAAAGUUAGAAUGUCAAUGGUUAACCCACGAAGCCCAAGAAUAAAAAAAAAUACUACUUCAAUUAAUGCAGAUAGUAAAUCAAAUUGUAAUGCAAACACUGAUACGUCAUUAAGUGAAAAUAAAACAAAAGCUCCAAAAUGGUUUAAUCCAUCGUUAAAAUAGCGAAGUAACUUUAUCAUGUAAGGAUGCUUUAUUAAUUUGUAUGUACAUAAUAAUACACAAAUAAGUGUAUGCAUUUUUAUAUUACUAUUAUUAUAUUCAAUUAAGUGAUUCAAUGUACGUUUGUAAGCCGAACACUAACAUAAAACUAAAUUACGUGUAUAAAAAAAUGUUAACUCUGUUAUAAUUCCUAAAGAUAUGAAGUGUGAUAUUAUGAACUA